AUGGAAGCUUGUUACUCUCAAGAUGAAUUUAACAUCACUUCAUACGAUGUCACGGCUAUGGUCAUCACCACGGUUCAGGCACUUGCUGGCAUGUGGAUAAACGCUUUCAUUGUUUCUGUGCUUUGUAUUGCUUGGGUCAAAAAGAAAAUCUUUAACUCUAAUGAGAAGAUCUUGCUGUUUCUGGGAUGCUCCAGGUUUUGGUAUUUGUGCAUCACAUGGGUAUAUUCCUUGCUUUCAGCAAUUUAUCCCUGGUGCUUUUGUAUUUACCCCAUACCCCAACUACUUGUAGCUAUUCAAAGCUUUUUAAAUUUUGUCAACGUGUGGGUUUCUGCCUUUCUUUGUGGUUUUUAUUGCAUAAAAAUUGCAAAUUUCAGGCACAUCUUCUUCAUCUACUUGAAGGUAAAAAUUGACAGGAUCGUGCCAUGGCUACUGUUGGGUUCAGUGCUUUUAUCCCUGGUCAUCUGUAUCUUUGUCUACGACAUGAUUGAUGAAGUGCACUGUAACAACCUCAAUUUCACCACCCUGGGAAAUCUCUGGAAACCAAGAGUCAAAGUGAAUGAACACUUUUUCACUAUUUUUUUAAUCACUGGCUUUGGAUUGGCCACUGCAUUCAUGGUAGUUAUCAUUUCUGCCCUUCUCCUCCUCUUUUCUCUCUGGAGACACAAACGCAAGAUGCAGAAAAACUCAGUGAAGAACCUCAGCAUGGAUGUCCAUAUCAAAGCCAUGAAAUCUAUUCUGUCCUUUUUCGUCAUUUACAGCAUUAACUUUACAUGUUUGAUCUUGAUACUAGUUUACUACAGGAAGAAGGAAAAUCCUGCGAUGUUUCUCGUUUUAGUAUUUCAGUAUGUUUUUCCAGUUGUUCAUUCUUUUAUGCUGAUUUUCAGCAAUCCCAAAAUGGAAAAGACACUGCUAAGGACUCUGUCCUGUGUGAAGUGCAAGGUUUUCAUGAGGUAG